AUGUCCGAUUCUGCUAAGGAUACCAUGCAGGUAUCCGAGAACUUGUCGGCAUCGCUAGCCACGGAGGAUGACCACCGUGCGCUACUGCAUCGAGUCAAGGACUCGUUCAAGAGACAGGACUUGGAGACGUCGAAGGAAAUCGACUCUGAAGUCGACGGCAUGACCGAAUACCAAAAGACCAACUACAGAUUGGCAAAGCAGCCGUUCCAGAAAAACUUGUCCCAGAGACACUUGACCAUGAUUGCCAUUGGUGGUACCUUGGGUACGGGUCUUUUCAUCGGUAUCGGUUACUCUUUGGCUUCGGGACCGGGAAACUUAUUAAUUGGGUUCUUGCUAACGGGUAUCGCCAUCUUCUGUGUCGUGCAAUGUGCAGCUGAAUUGUCUUGCCAGUACCCUGUGUCUGGUUCUUUUGCAUCCCAUGUCUCGAGAUUCGUGGACCCCUCCUGGGGUUUCACCGUCACGACAAACUACUGUCUCUCGUGGGCCAUCUCGUUCCCAUCUGAGCUCAUUGGUUGUGCCAUGACGAUACGAUACUGGAACAGUUCCGUGAACCCCGCCGUGUGGGUUGCCAUCUUUUACGUUUUCAUCUUGGCUCUAAACUUGAUCGGUGUCCGUGGGUUUGCCGAAACCGAAUACUUCUUAUCCAUCUUCAAAAUCUUGGCCAUUAUCAUCUUCUUGAUCAUUGGUAUCGUGUUGAUCUGCGGUGGUGGUCCUCAUUCCAAGGGUUACAUCGGAGCAAAGUACUGGCACGAUCCAGGGUCCUUCGAAAAGCCCGUUUUCAAGUCCCUCUGUAACACUUUUGUGUCCGCUGCGUUCUCCUUUGGUGGUACUGAAUUGGUGGUGUUGACCGCUGCUGAAUCCAGAAAAGUGGAAUCCGUCUCAAGAGCUGCAAAGGGUACCUUCUGGAGAAUCUUGAUCUUUUACGUCUCCACUGUGGUGGUCAUUGGCUGUCUAGUGCCUUACAACGACCCAAGAUUGCUCGGUGGAAGCAGCUCAGAAGAUAUCUCCGCUUCUCCUUUCGUCAUCGCAUUGUCCAACACCGGUAAGUUCGGUACCAGAGUGUCCAACUUCAUGAACGCCGUCAUCUUGAUCGCCGUGUUGUCGGUUUGCAACUCCUGUGUCUACGCUGCCUCCCGUGUCGUGCAAUCCUUGGGUGCCUCCAGAGAAUUGCCCUCUAUCUUCGGCUACGUCGACCGUAAAGGUAGACCUCUGAUGGGUAUCUUAGUCGUGGCCAUCUUCGGUUUGUUGGCCUUCUUGGUAGCAUCCAAGAAGGAAGACCAGGUCUUCGACUGGCUAUUCGCAUUGUGCUCCAUCUCAUCCAUGUUCAUUUGGUUCUCCAUCUGUCUGUCGUACUUGAGAUACAGAUACGCAUUGAAGAAACAGGGCAGAAGCAACGACGAAAUUGCCUACAAGUCCAUGUUGGGUAUCUGGGGUGGUUACCUCGGUGCUCUCUUGAGUUUAUUACUUAUCAUCGGUGAAAUUUACGUCUCCCUCUUCCCACUAGGUGGCUCUCCAAACGCUGAAGACUUCUUUAAGAACUGUCUAUCCAUCCCAAUCAUGAUCGUUGUCUACUUUGGUCACAAGUUGGUCACCAAAAACUGGACCCCAGUCGUCAUUCCAGCACAACAAAUAGAUCUAGACACCGGUCUUUCCUUCAACGACGUUGAACUCAUGAAGCAUGAACUACAACUAGAAAGAGCUAAGAUUGCUAACAAACCAAUCUACUAUAGAAUUUACAGAUUCUGGUGUUAG